UUGGAGUUGGCUCUUUCAAACUCUCUUUUUACUCCUGAACUUCAAACGCAAAAAACGGCUCUAGAUCAUCGGCCGUGCUCAAAAGAAGAACAAAGCAUGGCCGCUCCAGAAGCCCCUCUCUGCUAUGUCGGUGUUGCUCGCCAAUCCGCUGCGUUCCGUCUCAUGAAACAAAUGGGAUGGGAAGAAGGAGAGGGGCUAGGGAAAGACAAGCAAGGGAUCAAAGGACAUAUUAGAGUAAAAAACAAACAGGACACUACUGGUGUUGGCCUAGAGAAGCCAAAUCCAUGGGCAUUUGAUACGGCACAAUUUGAUAGUAUACUGAAAAGAUUGAAAGUGGUAUUUGAAAAGGAGGAAGCUCAAGCAGAAACUGAGACUAAUGUUUCUAAUGAUGCUGAAGAUCAAGUUGUCAAGACCACUCGAGCACGAGGAAGAUAUAAGAAGAGAGAGCGAGGGAAGCUUGUCCAUGGAUAUUCUUCAAAGGAUCUUGAAGGAAUUCUUAUCAAAAAGGUUGAGGAGCAGCCACAGAUUGAUCCCAGUAAAGAUGAUGUGUUGGAAUCUGCAGAGGGAUCUGAGAAUCAAGAUUUUUGUACUGAAGGACACAAAAUUGAAGAAUUAUCACCAGAUUGGUGGGGCUUUAAAUAUGGGUUUAUCUCUGGAGGUUAUCUUGGGGCAAGCUCUACUAGAAGGAAAUCCCUUAAAACAGGAGAUGCUCAAAAGAGUAACAAAAGGACUUCAUUUUGUGAAGAUGACCAGGAGAAUCUCUACAAACUUGUUCAAGAUAAAUCCACCACUGGUAAGCAAGGACUGGGCAUUAAGGACCGGCCAAAGAAAAUAGCUGGUGUCCGCUUUCAGGGACAAAAGACAUCCUUUGAUGAUUGUGAUGAUGAGGAGUCUGCUGAGGAACCAUCCAUUGAUUUUGGUUUAUCAGCAAAACGAAAACGUGAAGACUCAUCGGAGAUGGAAAAGAUUGAUGAACCCAAAAUGAAGUUGAAAAAGUUGUGUAAAAAGCUUCUUCAACAGGUACCUGGAGAGUCAUUAAAGCUGAAAGAGCUGAAAGUUCUUAUUGAUGAACAUUCCACGCAGUUCUUAUCCAGCUUCUCAUCCAAGAGAGAUGCUCUUGCUUACUUGAGACGAAAGUUAGAUGGUAGUUCGAAGUUCUCUGUAGAGGGAAAGCGAGUUAGUCUCACAUCGAGGAGAGGCUGAAAAUUUUUGUUAGAUUUCUGAGAUCCUGUAACGGUCUGUAAAUUGCAGCUGAGACUGGAUUAGCAUCGCAUCUAUAUGUUAUUUAUAUGUCAUCUAAUUAUUGGAUUUGUUGUGGUAACGUGCUAGGAAUUUUUAAUUUUUAAUUUAUUACUCAUUUUAUUUCUUGAUCAAAUAUAAGAUCCAGUAGUGUCAAUGGUUGUAUUGUAUUAUUAGAUUUGUAUCUUAAAAAAUGGUGGCUACGAUUUUGUCACCAAAGCGUGAGAUUAAUAAAUAUAUAGCGAACCUUUACAGCUUUACUGUGAAAA